AUGUGACUUCCUACGAGAAAAUCGGGUAGGUUCCGAGAUCGACCUACCACGCAAGCGCAAUCAAAGGUCCACGUAGGUUCCUCCAACACGGCACAAUGCCCCUUCGGUUGGACAUAAAGAGGAAGCUUUCAGCUCGAUCAGACCGAGUGAAAAGUGUAGACCUUCACCCUACUGAACCAUGGAUGUUAGCUAGUUUAUAUAAUGGAAAUGUACAUGUGUGGAAUCAUGAGUCACAGACCUUAAUCAAGACAUUUGAAGUGUGUGACCAGCCAGUGCGUGCUGCAUGCUUUGUUGCAAGAAAAAACUGGGUCAUCACGGGCUCUGACGACAUGCAGGUGCGAGUGUUCAACUACAACACGCUGGAACGGGUGCAUCAGUUCGAAGCCCACUCGGAUUACGUCAGGUGCAUCGCUGUGCACCCCACCCAGCCAUACAUACUGACAUCUAGUGAUGACAUGUUGAUCAAGUUGUGGGACUGGGACAAGAAGUGGACGUGUACCCAGGUAUUUGAGGGACACACCCACUACGUCAUGCAGAUUGUCAUCAACCCCAAAGACAACAACCAGUUUGCCAGCGCCUCCUUGGACAGGACGGUCAAGGUGUGGCAGCUGGGUUCCCCUAUGCCUAAUUUUACCCUGGAGGGCCAUGAGAAGGGGGUUAACUGUAUUGACUACUACACUGGGGGUGACAAACCUUACCUCAUCUCUGGGGCUGAUGACAGACAGGUGAAGAUCUGGGACUACCAGAACAAGACCUGUGUCCAGACUUUGGAGGGCCACGCACAAAACAUCUCCUGUGUCUCCUUCCACCCUGAACUGCCCAUCAUACUGACCGGCUCUGAGGAUGGUACGGUACGUGUGUGGCAUGCUAACACCUACAGACUGGAGAGCACUCUGAACUAUGGUCUGGAGAGAGUCUGGGCCAUUGCCUGCCAGAAGGGUUCCAAUAAUGUAGCCCUGGGGUAUGAUGAAGGCAGCAUUAUUAUUAAGCUGGGUAGAGAGGAGCCAGCCAUGUCUAUGGACAUGAAUGGGAAGAUAAUCUGGGCCAAACACGCGGAGAUCCAGCAAGCCAACAUUAAGGCCAUGGGUGACCAGGAGAUUAAGGAUGGAGAGAGGCUCCCCCUGGCGGUGAAAGAUAUGGGAAGCUGCGAGAUCUAUCCACAGAAUAUUGCGCAUAAUCCUAAUGGAAGGUUUGUAACUGUAUGCGGUGAUGGUGAAUACAUCAUAUACACUGCCAUGGCACUGCGUAACAAAAGCUUCGGCUCAGCACAGGAGUUUGUCUGGAGUAAUGACUCCUCCAUGUACGCCACCAGAGAAGGCAGCAGCAUGGUGAAGAUCUUCAAGAAUUUCAAAGAGAUAAAAUCAUUCAAGCCAGAUUUUGGUGCUGAAGGUCUGUAUGGAGGUCACAUGAUGGGGGUGAGGUCAGUGAGUGGACUGGCCUUCUACGACUGGGACAGCAAUGACCUGGUCAGGAGGAUAGAGAUCACACCUAAACAUAUCUACUGGAAUGACAGUGGAGAGCUGGUGUGUAUUGCCACAGAGGAGUCCUUCUUCAUCCUCAAGUACAGUGCUGAGGCAGUGAUGAAGGCCAAGGAGAACCCAGAGUCCAUUACUGAGGACGGCAUAGAGGAUGCCUUUGAUGUUCUUGGUGAGGUGGAAGAGGCAGUGAGAACAGGACUCUGGGUCGGAGACUGUUUUAUCUACACCAACAGUGUGAACAGACUGAAUUAUUACGUAGGAGGUGAAAUAGUCACCAUUGCUCACCUGGACAGGGUCAUGUAUCUCCUGGGUUACAUUCCAAAGGACAACCGCCUGUACCUGGGGGACAAAGAGUUAAAUGUGGUCAGCUUCUCCCUGCUGUUGUCUGUGUUGGAGUACCAGACGGCAGUGAUGAGGAGAGACUUCGACACAGCAGACAAGGUGCUACCCACAAUCCCUAGGGAACAGAGAACGCGUGUGGCACACUUCUUAGAAAAACAGGGUUUUAAAAGUCAGGCCCUGGCAGUGACCACAGACCCUGAACACAAGUUUGAGCUGUCACUGGGGCUAGGAGACUUGAAAACAUCGUAUCAGAUAGCUAAGGAGUCGGAAUCUGAACAGAAAUGGAAGCAGCUGGCAGAGCUCGCGACCUCCAAGUGUGAGUUCGGCCUGGCGCAGGAAUGUCUUCACCAGGCCCAGGAUUUCGGCGGACUCCUCCUAUUGGCCAGUUCAGCGGGGAAUACCGAGAUGGUCCAGAAACUCGGAGAAACGGCACGUGCCUCAGGGCAGAAUAAUGUGUCGUUUUUGUCAUAUUUUGCACUUGGAAAACUGGAGGAGUGCCUGGAAGUUCUCAUCAGCACAGGAAGGUUACCAGAGGCUGCUUUCUUUGCCAGGACCUAUUUACCAAGCCAAAUAUCCAGGGUGGUCCAGCUAUGGAGGGAGCACCUGUCCACAAUCAAUAAGAAGGCUGCAGCCUCCCUGGCUGACCCCACAGAGUACGAGAAUUUGUUCCCAGGACUGAGGGACACGUUCAAGGCAGAGCAGUACCUGAAGAGACAGAGGGGGGUCAGGAUACCAGCUGGGGCUUAUACACAAGUGCCUCCAAACCAUGAGCGAAAUGCAUUGGAAGAGAUGCAAGCUGCUGAAGAGGCUGGAAAAUUCACUUACGUACCCCCAAGAACAGAGGGCGCAGAUGAUGAUGAUGAGGAUGAUGACGAUUUCCAAGACUCCCAGCCAGCAUCAGAAGCCCAGCAAAGUCUCCGGGACAUGGUAGAGAGUGGAUUAGGUCAAGAACGUGCCCCAAGUCCUCCCAAACCAGCGCCCUCUGCUGCUCCUCCUGUGGCUCCCUCUAGUGAACAAAAAACACAAGAAAUUGAAGAUGAACUGGAAUUAGACUUAGAGAAUCUAAAUUUGGAUGAAAACAUUGAUACUUCGGAUGUAGUAUUAGAUGAAGACUUGUUAGAAGAUUGAGAGAAAUCUGGCAGAGUAAUUGUACAUAUUGUAACUGGUGAAAGAAGAUGAGGAGGGAAUCAAGGACAUGACAGAAAGACAAAAAUGGCAGAAGAUUCAAACUUUAUCAGAGACAAAUAAACUAAGGCAAGAUUUUCUGAUACCUGGAAAAACAAAAAUCUGGAAAAAAUCAGAAGAAAAGAAGGCUGUGGGAAUAUGCUGUUUGUUACGUAUUUGUAGAUGCAACACUUUUUCUAUUCCAUGAUAUUCUGGCGAUGUUAUCACAAAAUUGUCCUGGUAUCAUUAAUAAAAUGUGACCCUGAAAUAUCAUCCAGUGACCUUGACAUUGGACCCAAUGACCUUGACAUUGCACCUUUGGAUGACCUCUUCUUGAUGCAAGGUGUGUAUGUGCUUGCGCUGCUCGAAAUUCUCAAGAAACAUGAAUUUAAUUAUCACCUAAAUGAAAAAAAAUCUUUGAGGAUAGCUUCCUAGAAAAACUCUUCACCUGCUUUCGUGUGAAUACUCGUGGCAAGCAGUUUGCUUCUGUAAAUGUAUCAGUGUGCCCAACAAGGACGGGAAAAUGCUUGUUACUGUUGAAUGGCAUCACAAAAUUGAGGUCCUCUAUUCUCCGGAAAACGUUACUUCAUGGACAUACCAUCUUUGAUGAAUUAUGUUCACCCUGUUAGAAAGAGGAGAAAUUUAUUCUAAUGAAAUAGUAGAAUGAAUAUGUAUUUAUUGUCUCUGACGAAAUGGAAGGGACAUUUCAGCCCAACAUCUGCCAAUAUUGUACAGUGGUGACUGGAUGAUGAUAAUAUAAUGAUAAUAUGAUAAUAUUGGGGUGUAUUAUUGGAAUAAAUGGCUUAUUGAGUCAAAUAUACUUGAAUUAUUA